CGUAUUCACACUAAACUGAUAGAUACAAAUAAAAACCAACUCCCGCCUUUUUCUAUCAUCUCAUAUCACCCAAACAGACUGAUCAUAUUCAGUAAUCAGAGUUAGGGUUUCUUCAUCCUCAAAUUCGCACAAUCAAAGCACUAUCCUCUGAUUCCAUGCUGAACGUCCAGUUUAUUUGAUCACAUAACGAAGCUCCGAACAAACAGAGAGAACUGUCAAAUUUUACUUAUCAAACCCUAGAAAUAAAAUAAAGAAUGAAUUCAGACGGUAACAAUGGCGGGAAAAAGCGGUGCAAAUGUAAGAAGUCAAAGUGCUUGAAACUUUAUUGCGAGUGUUUUGCUGCUGGAUGGUAUUGUGAUGAAACUUGUUCAUGCCAAGGGUGCUUCAAUAGUCGUGAUUAUGAAGAUACGGUUGAAGAGACACGUGAACUGAUUGAAUCGAAAAAUCCGAUCGCGUUUAGUUCGAAGAUUCAGUGUCAUGUGGAGCCUCCAGCAAGCCAAAAUGUGGAGGAUGGAGAUCAAGUGAAGCCAGUUGCCGGAAAGCACAGAAAGGGCUGCAACUGUAAAAAGUCUAUGUGCCAGAAAAAGUACUGCGAGUGUUAUCAGGCUAAUGUGGGAUGCAGUACUGAUUGCCGAUGUUUAGGAUGUCAAAAUAAGUUUGGCAAAAGAGCAGUUACAGAUCCCAAUGUAUAUAACGAAUCAACCAAUGAGAAUGUCGAGAAUGAAAUGCAGUCAAGCCGGUCUAGAUUUUCUCUACAUGAGUUCAAUAAUUCUCACAACUUGACUCCUAGUACACCAUUUCAACAUUUUAGCCAUGAAAACGAUCCUUCAACAACCGGAAGCUACACUCCUUCACCGGUAUCUGCUAACUCUAAUGUGAUGUUCGGACCAACUACUGGAAACUAUGAUACGGUUACUUCAUAUCAACAAACAUAUCUUAAUGCUUUCGUGAAUCAGUUUACACCUCCAGCUAUCACACAUAUUAAUGCCACACAUGUCUAUUCUGUGAUGAACAUUUCUCCUAUGAUGGACUUACCAAAUUGUUCUACACCUAGUGGAAGUUACUCUUCUGCGAUAAGUUGGCCUGGUUCACUAAUGAACCCCGUAAAUGUAUCUAGCGGGCCAGAAGUUAUGAACUCUAACAAAAAGCCCUUUACUAGCACACGGCUUGACUUCACUAGGUAAUAAGUGAGAUUGUAAGUUUGCAUGGACCAUGGAUUAAUCGUGCGUUACGCCUAAAUACCAUCUUUUAUUUUCGUAGAACCCAAUGUUAAUAUGUUCUGAUUGAUAUUCUGUCAUUGCUUAUGGUUCUUUAAGUCGGUCAAAUUUGUCGACGGCUUGGCGAUAGGGGUACAUAUGCAUGAUCUUGUGCUUUUUGACAGGUUGGGUUGACCAAGUUAUAAGAUCAAUUUGGUCUUGA